AUGCUAGUCUCCUCCGCGCAGACAGAGAGCUGCAAGGACUACUGUCGCGCGGUGCUGACGCCUGCAGAACCAGAUGCCAAUUUCACAGGUACUCCUGUCAAUCUUAGAUGGGGGGAAACCUCGUCAGGAAAGGACGCGGACUGGAUGCCGCCCCAGGGGAUAGUCGGGUAUACAGACGGAUCUGAGACAGAGCUGGCUGCCCUGAGGACCUGCGCCAGUAUGAUCCUGGAGAGAGGGGAUAAGGGCAAAAAGAUCUUCAUCUACUCGGACAGCAGACGCACGCUGAGGGCAAUACUCAAAUACGAGUGUUGCUCAAAACUAGUGGGUGAAUGCGUAAAGCUGAUGGAAGAAAUCGCCGUAAACAGUCGGCUAGAGGUGGCUUGGAUCUCGGGCCACGCUGGUAUCAGAGGCAAUGAGAAAGACGAUGAGCUAGCUAAGAACGGAUGCAGAAGGGCCUCUCAGGGGGAAGUGGAGCGCGUAGGCGUGCACACAUACUUUGUGAAGGACCUGGUCAAGGAACGUGGGGACAGGCGGUUUGUGGUUAAGUGGGGCUCGGAAACGGGUGCCAGACGCUCAAAAUCCCUCUUGGAAAGACCCAUUAGAAAGAUUGCAGAAGCUCUGUUGGGGGUAAACAGGGCUAAGCUCCGAGCUAUAGUGGGGCUUAUCUCUGGACACUGGCCCCUGGCUCUGUAUUUAUCGAAGAUAGGCAAAGGGACAGACCCCCUAUGCAAAAGAUGCGGGUUGACGGAGGAGGAUCCUCUUCACCUAUGCACAAGAUGCGGCGGGCUCGAUGACGCCAGAUGGGAUGUUUUUGGGUCCGCAUGCAAAGAUAUACGUGUCGACAGGGACGGUAUCAAGGGCCUCUAUGAGUUAGCGCGUGGGGCACAGAUACUCGAGACCAGCGACUAG